AUGUCGACGACGGAUGUUAUGGACGUCGACCACGAUGCUGCACGGCCUGUGCCAAACCACGACGGUGCAAGACCUACUACGGACCACAACGACGCAGCGAGACCUAUGAAGCGACAGAGGUCUCCAGAACCCGUGUUACCUCUCCAAGUGCUGCUAUUGUCGCUGCCGAAUUUGCUUCUUCACCCGCCCAAUCACAAGUUCUACCACAAAUCGCUGUACUUGUCGAGGCUCGCGUUUCACCGGUGCUUGAUGCUGCAGAACCUGGACGCCGACGUUGAGUGCAAGAUAUGGACUAGCCUGGCGGAGGCUGGGAUUAGGAUGGGGCUUGGAGUCGAGGGUAUAGAGCAUGAAGUCGAGAAAGCAAUUACCAAAGCGCUUCUGAUAGCCCAACAUCAUCCGGCUUUACGACCCUACAGGGUCCACCUGACGCUGCUCUCCGCCCGGCUAGCGCAGCACCAGCUCAACUUCAAGUUUGCACAAAACACCCUGCGGCGGCAGAUCACGUCGUUUCUGUCACCGCAGGACGCCCCGCACCUGGUCUAUAUGAGCCAUUUGGGGUACAUAUCCAGCCUGAGCGUGCCGGAUGCGGGCGGGGUCCUGCUACCCACCGCGAAAUCCCUAGGCGCUAUACAGGAUUUGCAUACCCUCGGUACCUCGCGCGGGCACGCGGAUAUAGUCAAACUGGCAGCUGCACUUCGUGUCCACGCGCUCCUCCAAAUGGGCUCGAUGGAUAUGGUGCAAGACGCGCUGGGGCACGCGCAGCAGCUGCUUUCGUUCCCGGACGACAAGACGAUGACCGAGGCCGCCGCGACGUUUGCGCACGCCCCGCGGUCGAAGAACGAGACGGCAUUUUUGGUGUACACGCUGGUGAUGGGCGCGGUGUAUUACACGCAUAUCGGCGAUGCGGCUUCGACGGAGGCGCGGACCAAGGUUUUGCACGAGAUGUUGGAUGGGAAUGCGUUGAGUGCGUUUGGGCCGCAUGGGAUAUUAGAAGUGUGGUUUCCGGGCUCGCAUCCGUUGUAUGUGCGAACGGCGCACCCGCGUAUUUUGUUCACUACGGCGUUUCUGGUCACUGCUAUUGCGAAGCGCGAUCCUGUGGGACGGAAACCUAAGCGGAAGGUCUUUGCGGCCGAGGGUCUCGUUGUGGUAGAGAGGGAGUUGAAGAAGGAGCCAUCGUUCCCGUUAUGGGCCUCUGAAGCCGACUUUUACGAACACCGCAGCCGCCUGCAGAAAUUGAAAGCCGACCUCAUGUGCGAGAUCAUUGGUGUCUGUAUUAUGAGAAGUGAAUUUGGAGAGGCAGAAAAGACCAUGUCCGAGCUCAUCGCCCACACACGAAACGAACAGUUGUUCAACUACUAUUCUGCGCGAAUCACGCUGCUUCAGGCUCAACUCUCGCAUGCCCUCGGCCAUCCGGAGCGUGCGCUCCAGUGCUACCAGGUUGCAGCUUACCUCUCGCGGAAACGCGAUCCUAGCCGGCCGUUGAGAGCGAAUGACGAGGAUGAGGGUGUGGAGGACCAGUGGACUCAUGCGGCGGCGUCUGCUGGUGAGCUGUGGGUCCGCAUUGGGCUGCUUCGAUCGGAAAUGGCUGCCAUCAUCGCGUAUGGUGAAGCUGUUGACUCUGCUCGCGAAGUUUAUUUCAAGCAGCAGGAGGUGGCGCUUCGGCAUAUGGCGGAUGAUGUUAUUAGGGCGUGUGCGGGGCUUGGAGGUGCUUUGGGUGCUAUUUCUUGUGUCCUCGAAGCUUGUUUGACCAGCGAGUUUUUGAAAGCCAAACAACACCUCAAAGACGCGUUGAAGAUUGUGUCUUCGUCCAAUGACAACCACCUUCGAGCGUUGAUUCUUGCUUUGAUUGCUUCGCAGUAUUUGACGACUUCGAUGGAGCAUGCUGAGGCGAUGCUUGCUACUGCUGAGCAACUUGCAGCUGGGCUUGGUGCUCAACCACGGUCUUCGACAGUGGAGAAGAAUGGUGGUACGCCCACACAAAGGUCGAACCCGGGAAAGACGGGAGAUGGUGUUGGGAAUGCGCCGUUGAGGCUGUGGAUUGGCGAGAGGAUGCUAGAAUUGAAACGACGUGCGGGGGAUGAGGUGGCUGCGAGAAAUCAGGAGAUGCUCAAUGUCAAGCUGAGGAUUGCUGUUCAGAAGAUUGAGCAACGCAAAUCUGUUUUUGGGCCUGUGCCUGUGCCUGUUCCUGUUGAUCAGUCGUUUUCGAAACUGGGGAUUGAUGAUUUUGUGUAUGGGCCUCCGUAG